AUGGGUACAAACCCAGGCAACGGAGCAGGUCAGGGCCAAGGAGGCGGUGACAUGUCGGGCAUGAUGCAGUCCAACCAGGCUAAUGGCCCUCAUGCCACGGAAUACACGUUGCAAGGUGUUAUGCGCUUUCUCCAAACGGAGUGGCACAGACACGAACGCGACCGUAAUGCCUGGGACAUUGAGAAGCAGGAAAUGAAGAGCAGGAUAGCGGCCCUCGAGGGUGCGGCGCGGAGAUCAGAUGCUACCCAAAAGGCUCUCAAGAAAUAUGUAACGAUCCUGGAGCAGAAGGUAAAGCAGCAGGCUGCCCAGCUCAAGGGCGAAAACGAUGGAACCAGCGAUACCCAGGGGCCAGCCUCUGAGAGAGAAAAGCGCGAAGCUCUGCUCAAGGAACAUCUCGAAAAAACAGCUGCGCAGGGACGUGGAGGCUACCAGAAAUCUGAUAUUCCGACCGAAACCGAUGUUAACCGGUCCGAACUGAAAACCUUCCUCGACCAGUGCCAGUCCGAGUUUACAUAUUUAAUGAUCACACCCGCAAAUCCCAUCCCGCCUCGGGAAUCCCCGCCGCCGCCAAUGCUGGAUGAACUCCCUCCGGAAGCGGGCUCGUUUGGUAUCCCUGCGGGACAGCAGGUUCUUGAGCAGUCUUACGCCCACCAACCCCUUCGCCAGACUCAGAACCACGUUCGUGAAAUAAAUCCCCGACCAGUGCCCUCUCCUGCCCUCAACCACCAUGCGCCUCCUCCGAUGCAGCCCACGGCCCAGACGGGCGUUUUCGCAAAGGGCCCCGAGAUGCAGGCAGCCCCCGUCGCGCGCUCCAGCGCCGAGAUGCAGCCGCUGUUUGGUGGCGCCGCCCAAGACUGGGCUCCCUCGAACAGCGCACCCCCUAACCGGGCCCCCGAGGAAAACCUGGCAGAGUUGAGCGCUCAAGCCAAGCCAUCUGCUCGGCAGCCAGAGUCUAACCUCGAAAACACCGAGAAGAGGUUUGGCGAGGGCGAUGGAGGAUGGGAUUUCAGCGAAGCCUCGUUCACCGAGCCCCAAACCCAGCCGCAACAAGCCCAACAGCAAAUUCCACCGACCUCGAACCGACCGGACACUGACGUGUUUCCUAACGCCGACAGCAUUCCGAAAUCGCCCAACCGCGGUCCCAAUAAUGCGCACCGAAGGAAGAGUAGCAUGAGUAGGAGAAGAAGCUCGGAACAGGAGCUUUCGCUCAACGCACUAGCUCAGAAGGCUGAAAGCGGAAGCUUCAAGCUACGUUUUGGACUUCGUGGACAUCUCAACACUGUCAGGACUGUUAUAUUCUCCGGCGGUGGCAGUCCGGGGGAGCCCGAGAUAUGCACCGCUGGCGAUGACGGCCUGAUCAAGCGGUUCCACAUCCCGCGUCUCCCUCAUGCAGGCAACAGUGCAGCAUCUGAUCUCGACGUCCAGGCAGACUUUACACACCGUGGCCACCACGGAGCUGUCCUGUCAUUGGCGGCGUGGGCUCCUUCACCCAAUUUCUCUACUGGAGGUCGGGCCCAGGGCGACGGUUGGAUAUUCUCAGGUGGCCAAGACUCGAUGAUUCGGGUGUGGGAACGGGGCCGAGUUGACCCCAAGGCAAGCCUGGACGGCCACACGGACGCGGUCUGGGCCCUCUGUGUGUUGCCUGCUACCCUGGGUGCCAUAUUCGGCAACGCCAAUCCAUAUGGCAGCCCAGAUAGGAUCCUGCUUGCUUCCGGUGCCGCGGAUGGGACAGUACGGCUGUGGGCAGUCAGUGCGCCCCCGCAAAUGACGUCCCCCCAGCCUCCUCCGCCGGGCCGCAGGGUUGGCGGCGGCAGUGGCCGUGUCCGCGGCAACUCUAUGAGCAGUGGUUCGGCAUUCCCGUCCUCCCCGCAGCCGUCGGUUGCAACCAAUAGCCCCUUCCACCACACACUUAUUCACAGCAUCACCAGGGCCGACAGCCCUGGCGCGAGCCCGACUUGCAUCACCACCUUGGGCCGAAACGGAGAGGCAUUUGUCGUAAGCUAUUCUGACGCGGCAAUCAUUGUGUACGAUACCCGCACAGGUGAGGAGAUGGGUUGCAUGGCCAGCCUCGAGACCUACGAUGGAACACCCAAGACAAGCGUGAAUGCCGUAGUGGCUACUACGGUCGGCCUUGAUCAGCCACAGUCGGGUGAGGACGAAAGUUCCCACGGCAGCGGAAGUGGAGCAGGCGGCAGCAGCGGCGGACCAACCGGCGGCGGCCGAUCUAUGGCAGGUUCCGGGGUUGAGGGCGUCAUAAUAUCGGGACAUGAAGAUCAGUUUGUGCGGUUCUUCGAUGCCAACAGCGCCUCCAUCUCUAGCCUGUCGCUCAGCCCCAACGGUCAAGAACUGGUCAGCGCUGGCCACGACGCGUCGUUGCGCUUCUGGAGUCUGGAGAAGCGCUCAUGUACGCAGGAGAUCACGAGUCACCGGAUCAUGCGCGGCGAAGGUGUCUGCGACGUCGUCUGGAGCUCGGACGGCAAAUGGGUCGUCAGCGGAGGAGGCGACGGCGUAGUCAAGGAAGGGCAUGAACCUGGGAAGCGCGAUUGGAUGAUUACGCGGUCGCACGAUUGUAUCGCCACCGACGACGAUGUCGACGUGACGGCUGGCAUGAGGGAGGUUGGAAAGGGCAAGCAAGCUGUUCGGGGGAGGGCAUCGUGGGAUGGAUCGAAUGAUGAUGACAACCAGGAACUGAUGGGAAGGCAUGCUGCAGCGACUAUGAAACCACCUGAGCUCCAGCCUAUGCAUGGGAGCUCCUCUUUCGAAUCCUUCAAACAACUGAGGGAAAGGCGGAGGUGGCAUGUACCAUUCUCAUCUCCAGUAUCCAUGGGUGUGCCGUCUGCCGAGCUUCAUCAUCAAGACCUCGACUUUGCAGACCUCGACAAUAUCCCGAGCCCGUUAAUGUUAACGACUUUUGAGAGCAGCUGGAGCAACUACUUGGGUAUCUCCAACACUAUGGGUCCGGAUUCUAUUGUGCCCAGGUCAUUUGUGGCUUCGGGGUCCAGGUCGAUGUCGCAAAGAGCCCUACCGACGCCCUCUGGAGUUUAUGAAGAUGAGGAAGAGUGA